UGCAGCCCGCCAUUGUGUGUCUGAUCUGCAGCUGUAGCGAGAGAGAGGGAGAGAGAGAGAGACUCGGGCGCAAAGACUCUAAAAACACACACAUUUCCCGUUGACUUUAACCCGCAAACAAACGCGCAGUCUAACACACAGGCACCGGGGAGUGAGAAAUGUCAGCCAGCAGCCUUCUGGAGCAGAGACCGAAAGGCCAAGCAAACAAAGUACAAAACGGAGCUGUUACCCAAAAGGAUACUUUGAACGAUGAUGAGUUCGAGCCUUACCUGAAUGCUCAGCCCAGACAGAGCAAUGCCUAUACGGCCAUGUCCGACUCCUACAUGCCCAGUUACUACAGCCCCUCAAUUGGCUUCACCUAUUCGCUGAAUGAAGCGGCAUGGUCAACAGGCGGAGAUCCCCCGAUGCCUUACCUGGCCUCUUAUGGACAGCUUAGCAAUGGGGAGCACCACUUUCUCCCAGAUGCCAUGUUUGGACAGUCUGGAGCACUGGGGAACAACCCUUUCCUGGGACAGCAUGGCUUCAACUUCUUUCCCAGUGGGAUUGACUUUCCCGCUUGGGGCAACAGCAGCUCUCAGGGACAGUCCACACAGAGCUCAGGUUACAGCAGCAGUUACGCCUAUGCCCCUAGCACGCUAGGAGGUGCAAUGAUUGAUGGACAGUCUCCCUUUGCAGCCAACGAGCCGCUCAACAAGGCAGUAGGGAUGAAUAGCUUGGAUCAGGGCAUGGCAGGGCUUAAAAUUGGGGCUGGGGACAUGGCACCAAAAGUUGUUGGUUCUGGACUUCCCGGAGGGCCAUUGAGUCAGGUGUCUGCAGCUCCAACCAUGCCUCCUGCGUCCAUGGCUCCUGCAAAAACUGCUUCUUGGGCGGACAUUGCCAGCAAGCCAGCUAAACCACAGCCUAAAUUGAAAACUAAGGGGGGACUUGGUGGGACAAAUCUGCCACCACCUCCAAUAAAACAUAACAUGGAUAUUGGGACAUGGGACAACAAGGGGACUAUGCCUAAAGCAGCAGCCCCACAGCAGACUUCCCUGCCUACUAAUGGACAGCCACCCAAUCAGUCGUCUCCUCAACCAGGUGCUACUGCUGGUGGGGUGCCUCAGCUGCCCCUCAGCAAUGGACAGCUAGUUCCUCCUACUGGACAGCUUGUCCAGCACCCUCUUCCUCCAGGUGGCCAGCCUGGUGCUGUUCCACCUCCACUCUCCCAGGGCCCUCCAGCUUCCCAACCCUCCCAGCCAACCCGCUGGGUGCCCCCACGUAACCGUGCCAACGGCUUUGGGGAUGCUGCAGGUGGACCUGGUCAAUCCCCUCCCAAUUCAGGAAUGGGUGGCAUUGCUGUGCCAGCUGAACCCCACCCAGUUCUAGAGAAACUGCGCAUGGUAAACAACUACAAUCCCAAGGACUUCGACUGGAACCCUAAACAUGGUCGUGUCUUUAUCAUCAAGAGUUACUCUGAGGACGAUAUCCACCGGUCCAUUAAGUACAAUAUCUGGUGCAGCACAGAACAUGGCAAUAAGCGUCUGGACGCUGCUUACCGUUCACUAGCCAACAAAGGGCCACUCUACCUGCUCUUCAGUGUGAAUGGCAGUGGGCACUUCUGUGGCGUGGCGGAGAUGCGCUCGCCUGUGGACUACAACACUUGUGCAGGCGUGUGGUCACAGGACAAGUGGAAGGGUCGUUUCGAUGUGCGCUGGAUCUUUGUCAAGGACGUUCCCAACAGCCAACUAAGGCACAUUCGUUUGGAGAACAAUGAGAAUAAGCCAGUGACCAACUCUCGAGACACACAGGAGGUUCCUCUAGACAAGGCACGUCAGGUGUUGAAGAUCAUCGCGAGUUACAAGCACACCACCUCCAUUUUUGACGACUUCUCACACUACGAGAAACGUCAGGAAGAGGAGGAGAGUGUGAAAAAGGUGGAGGUUCAGGGCAGUGACCCGUACUCCAAUAACUCCAGUCGGAGCCACUACAGAAUGCAGGAUCGCCAAGGACGUGUGAAGUAACAGACACUGCUUUGGGCAAAAGACUGACAGGCCCUAUUUUUUUUUUCUCCCCAAUCUUAAAACCAGAUAUUUUCAGAAAUUAUUUCGGGGAAAGAUUUAACCAAGGAUUCAAAAAGAGGAAAAAAAAGAAACUAAAUGAAGACUCUUCUUUGAUUUCUGUUGACCUAAAAGACUUACUUCGAACUUGUAGUAAAAGAAAAUGACACGAUUAUUCAUAGGACUACAACUUAAUUCUAUAGGAUUCUAAUAGCGAACCCAGUACUUCCCACUUUUUGGUCCUGUUUUCAUUUGGCUGGCUCUUCUUUUCUUUUUCUUUUUUUUUUUAGGAAAAACAUCUGUUUUUACAGUUCAACCACAUGGCUUUGCUUCUCUCUUCAAUUGUGAGAUUUUUUUUUUUUUUUUUUUUUUUAAAGUUUCCCCAAUCCUCAUUUCUCUGUCCUAACUCUUUAUUGGAGCUGAAACAAUCCAAUCAGGAAUGAUCAUCGCCUUCUCAGUGGAUGUUUCUUUAUUGGUAAAUUGGCCACCAAGUUGCAACCAAGUGAAUAAAAUUGAAAAAGAAUUGUAAUUCAAAAAAAGAAAAGCUAACGAAUGUUCAGGAAUGUCCUGAGUUUUCUUUUCCUGUUUGUUUAUUUGUUUUUUGUUAUUGGUAAUAGAGGGUGUUUUGCAGGGGACGGUAAACGGAGAAGCCAAUUUGUUGUGUUAAGGCUUUUGCUCACUGGAUCAGUUUUAUAAGUGUACCAAAGGGGUCCGCGUUUGAGAGUUGUCAGCUUAUUUUCCAUUUACUCCUUUUACUUCUGCAAGUUAAAAGAAAAAUUGUUGCUAUGGGCUGCUCUCCUCCCGUCAUAUUUUUUUUAUUUAUUUUUUUUGUUCUUGUCUUUCUCUUCCGUUUCUUAAGUCUGCAUUGAGGUGGGCCCUGCACCCUCUCUUUCUCAUAAUCAGUUCAUUAAAAAUAAAUGUGGUAUACUCGGCAGAACUUGUGUGUUGCAUUUUCCCCUUGUUUGACUAAAUACUACUUCAUGCACUAACCUGUGUCCCAAACUGCCUGGUCCCCUUCCAUCCAGCACCCACACUCCUCUUUUACACUAUAGCUGCCUGCACACUUCACCCCUUCUUCUAUGUUCAUGUUAAUGCAUUGAACAACUCAUGCAAAACUGCUGGCAUUUAGCAGUGUCAGAAUAAAGAUGCUGCACAAA